AUGAGUUCAUUCGACGCUAUUUCCCGCCCUUCUUCUCCCCUCGUUCGCAAGCCAGCUCCAACGCGACCCACAAUAUUCUCCCGUCUCUCAGCCAGUAUGGCGUCUGAAAGGCCGCCAACUAUUGCCCCUCCCACUUCUCCUCACUCUGAACACGACCAAGAGAUGACUCAAGAAACAAUUUCCCUGGCUGCCACAAGGCGACCAAAUAUCGCAAUGACCCUAGAAAAUACUGGUAGUGUGGCCCGUGACCACUUAGCUUCGGAACGGACAUUCCUUGCUUAUGUUAGAACGAGUCUUGCCAUCGCUUCCACCGGCGUUGCGCUUGUCCAAUUAUUCUCCAUCGCCGUGAAUUCGGAUUCUACGGGCCUGUCAUUCUUACCUACGACUCGACGGGUUCAAGGUUGGGCACAGCCCCUUGGAGCCACGAUGGUUUGCUUAGGGAUUCUCGUUCUCGCAAUUGGUACCACGCGUUAUUUUCGCAUUCAAAGUGCCUUGAUCAAUGGCAUGUACCCUGUCGCUCGAUGGACAUCCGCCUUUAUCACCGUUCUACUCGGCGCAGUGAUAACUGUGGUCUUUGGGGUGAUGCUUUCUGCCAAACGAUAG